GUGGGCAACGCGGCGCAGAACAGCGGGCGCUUGCCCGGCUACUCUUGCGCGGAGCCUUCUUGCUUGCUCCUAGCUCCGCAGGCGGCCUGCGAGUCCUGACUGUUGCGCCCGCUACCCCAGGCAAAGGCAGGAGCUGGCCCUAGGCUCAGUGGCCAGCGCGGCUCUCGGAACAUGGCAAUCUGUGCAAGGCUCGUCCUGGAAGGAAGCAACUUCAGUCACUGCGAUGCCUAAGAAUCAAAAUCAAGUGUGACGUUUCUCCGGUGCUUCAUGGUGUCCUCCUCCACCGGCUCCACACCGCUGCUCCACGUGGCUCCUGAAACAUGGGGGAAAACGAGGACGAGAAGCAGACCCAGGCCGGGCAGGUUUUUGAGAACUUCGUCCAGGCUUCCACGUGCAAAGGCACCCUCCAGGCCUUCAACAUCCUCACACGGCAGCUGGACCUAGACCCUCUGGACCACAGAAACUUCUAUUCCAAGCUCAAGUCCAAAGUGACCACCUGGAAGGCCAAAGCCUUGUGGUACAAAUUGGACAAGCGUGGAUCCCACAAAGAGUAUAAGCGAGGAAAGUCGUGUAUAAACACCAAGUGUCUCAUCGUUGGGGGAGGACCAUGUGGCUUGCGCACUGCCAUUGAACUUGCCUACCUGGGGGCCAAAGUGGUCGUGGUGGAGAAGAGGGACACAUUCUCCCGGAACAACGUGCUGCACCUCUGGCCUUUCACUAUCCAUGACCUGAGGAGCCUGGGAGCCAAGAAGUUCUAUGGGAAGUUCUGUGCUGGCUCCAUCGACCAUAUCAGUAUUCGUCAGUUACAGCUCAUCCUAUUCAAGGUGGCCCUGAUUUUGGGAGUUGAAAUCCAUGUGAAUGUGGAGUUUGUGAAGGUUCUAGAGCCUCCUGAAGAUCAAGAAAAUCAGAAAAUUGGCUGGCGAGCAGAAUUUCUCCCUGCAGACCACCCUCUGUCGGAGUUUGAGUUUGACGUCAUCAUUGGUGCUGACGGCCGCAGGAACACACUGGAAGGGUUCAGGAGAAAAGAAUUUCGUGGGAAACUAGCCAUCGCAAUCACCGCCAACUUCAUAAACAGAAACAGCACGGCUGAGGCCAAGGUAGAAGAGAUUAGUGGUGUGGCUUUCAUCUUCAAUCAGAAAUUUUUCCAGGACCUUAAAGAAGAAACAGGAAUUGACCUGGAGAACAUUGUCUACUAUAAGGACUGCACCCACUAUUUUGUCAUGACCGCCAAGAAGCAGAGCCUCCUGGACAAAGGCGUCAUCAUUAACGACUACAUUGACACGGAGAUGCUGCUGUGUGCAGAGAACGUGAACCAGGACAACCUGCUUUCCUAUGCCCGAGAAGCUGCAGACUUCGCCACCAAUUACCAGCUGCCAUCUUUAGACUUCGCCAUGAACCAUUACGGGCAGCCUGAUGUGGCCAUGUUCGACUUCACCUCCAUGUAUGCCUCGGAGAACGCGGCCCUGGUGCGCGAGCGUCAGUCGCACCAGCUGCUCGUGGCCCUGGUGGGCGACAGCUUGCUUGAGCCCUUUUGGCCCAUGGGCACAGGCUGUGCCCGAGGCUUCCUGGCUGCCUUUGACACGGCGUGGAUGGUGAAAAACUGGGACCAGGGCACUCCUCCCCUGGAGCUGCUGGCUGAAAGAGAAAGUCUUUACCGGCUGUUACCUCAGACGACCCCAGAGAACAUCAACAAGAACUUCGAUCAGUACACGCUGGACCCGGGGACGCGGUACCCAAACCUCAACUCCCACUGUGUCCGGCCCCAUCAGGUGAAGCAUUUGUACAUCACUACGGAGCUGCACCAGUUCCCUCUCCAGAGGCUGGGCUCAAUGAGGAGAUCUGUGGGCCUCUCCAGGCAUGAAUCAGACAUUCGGCCCAGCAAGCUCUUAACCUGGUGCCAGCAGCAGACUGAGGGCUACCAGCACGUCCACGUCACGGACCUGACCACCUCCUGGCGGAGCGGCCUGGCCCUGUGUGCCAUCAUCCACCGCUUCCGGCCUGAACUGAUCAACUUUGACUCUUUGAACGAAGAUGACGCUGUGGAGAACAACCAGCUGGCAUUUGACGUGGCCGAGCGUGAGUUUGGCAUCCCCCCAGUGACCACGGGCAAGGAGAUGGCGUCAGCCCAGGAGCCUGACAAGCUCAGCAUGGUCAUGUACCUCUCCAAGUUCUACGAGCUCUUCCGGGGCACCCCGCUGAGGCCUGUGGACUCUUGGGGCAAAAACUAUGGAGAAAAUGCUGACUUCGGCGUGGCCAAAUCAUCCCUCCCUCACAACUAUCUCAACCUCACGUUUCCCAGGAAGAGGACUCCACGAGUGGACAGCCAAACCGAGGAGAACAACGACAUGAACAAACGGAGGCGGAAAGGCUGCAACAACCUGGAUGAGCCUUCAGCCUUUUCCAGCCGGAGUUUGUGCUCCAGUCAAGAGUGCGGCAGCAGUAAAGAAGGUGGCAAUCAGAACAAAGUCAAGUCCAUGGCAAGUCAGCUGUUGGCCAAGUUUGAGGAGAGCUCUCGGAACCCUUCACUCCUGAAGCAGGAACGCAGCAUCUCGGGGAUAGGUAAGCCUGUGCUGCGCUCAUCCUCUGACCCUCCUGUUAACUCUUGCUGUCUCAAGCCAGAAGAGCCCACGACCAGCCCAUCACCUCCUCUGAAAAGGCAGUUCCCCUCGGUGGUUGUGACGGGGCAUGUGCUCCGAGAGAUAAACCAAGUGUCUGCUGGUGGAGGGUGCCCGAGCCGGCCCUGGAGAGCCAGAGCCAAGUCUGACCUGCAGCUGGGGGGGCCAGAAAACCGUGCAGCCCUGCCUCCUACCUGCCAGGGAGCGCUGGCCCUCUCUGGGGUGCUGCGGAGGCUGCAGCUAGUGGAGGAAAAGAUUCUCCAGAAGAGGGCUCAGAACUUGGCCAACAGGGAAUUCCACAAAAAGAACAUUAAGGAGAAGGCGGCUCACCUUGCCUCCAUGUUUGGACAUGGGGAUUUCCCACAGAAUAAGUUACUCUCUAAAGACCUGUCUCAUACUCACCCUCCGUCUCCUCCCUCCUGCCUUCCAUCUCCUGAUCCAGCUGCCACUUCCUCUCCAUCGACCACUGACUCUGUUUCUCCUGCCAAAAAGCUGACGGUAGGGAAAGUGUCCAGCGGAAUAGGGGCUGCAGCUGAAGUCCUGGUCAAUCUGUACAUGAAUGAUCACAGACCUAAGGCCCAGGCUACCUCUCCGGACCUGGAAACGAUGCGAAAGGCAUUUCCCCUGAACCUGGGUGGCAGCGACAUCUGUUACUUCUGUAAGAAGCGCGUGUACGUGAUGGAGCGGCUGAGCGCAGAGGGCCACUUCUUCCACCGAGAGUGUUUCCGCUGCAGUGUCUGUGCCACCACCUUGCGUCUGGCUGCCUACGCCUUUGACGUUGACGAAGGCAAGUUCUUCUGCAAGGCUCAUUUCAUUCACUGUAAAAGCAAUAGCCAGCAACGAAAGAGACGGGCAGAGUUGAAGCAACAGAGAGAGGAGAAGGGGAUGUGGAAGGAGCAAGAAGCCCCUCGGCGAGACCCUCCCACCGAAAACUCCUGUGCAGCCACAGCGCUUGGCCCGCCGGCGGGCAGCCCCCCAGAUGAGCCAACCUCCCCCAAGAAGCCCAAGAGCAUCGCGGAGCCCGAGCCUGGUGAUGGGGAAGGCAAAGCCACCCCUCCCACACCUGCCGAGUGGACCUCUGUGAGGAUUAGCCCCGGGGAGGACGUGGUUGGGCAGGACGUGCUGGCUGUGUGUGUCCUGGUCACCAGCGACGACAGCAGCUCGGAUGAAGAGUUGGACCGAGGUGGCGGCGGCAGCAAGGCCUCCACUGCAGAGCCCUGUGAGGAAAGACCCCCUCGGCCAGAACCCGCCCCCCUAACGCAGCUCCUCACUCGCCACAGCUCCCUGAGAGAGGCCCAGACCAGGACGUUCUCGGCCCAGAGCCCUGAGGAGCCCAGAGCUCUGCAUGCUCUGCAGCGGGCCAGCAGCUUCCAGUUUCCCAACAGACACCAGAGCUGGAGAAGAAAAUUCCAGUCGAGUUUGACGCCAGUGAACCACAAAACACCUCCACGGGAGGCUUCCCCUUCUGUUUCUCCUUCCUCCUUGUCUUCCUCCGAGUCUUCCCCAGCAUCUUCCUCGGGCAGCGUCACAGGCAGAGCUCUGGACGGUUCCUCCCUACCCCAGCAGUUCUCAAGAGGUCAUUUCAGUCCUUCCACUCCAAUCUUUCUGAGGCGAGCCAGAGCCCAAGGAGCACCCACAGAAAUCCCUCUGUAUCUGCCUCACGGCCAGGUGCUGGAGCGGGCAGAAUACUGCCUGGUGAGGCCUGGUGCAGAUGGCCUUGCAGGCCCCAGGCCACCCAGCCCUGCAGAGAUGGCUUCGGAUGGCUGCCAGGACCCCAGAAGCAUCCACAGAGGCCCACACACCAUUGCGGGGAAGGACAGGUGCUUGCAAGACCCAGAGCCGUCUCCCAGGGCUGGAGAAAACUCAGGGGAAGGAAAUGCUAAUUCCCAGAAGGGAGAGGAGGGUGGAUCAGAGCUGGCAGAGGGCAAGAAGUUAGGCUUGAAGAAGUUGGCUCUCACUCAGGAGCAGAAGACCAGGCUGCUGGAUUGGAAUGACUUCAAACCCCAGAGCCUGCACAUGGAAGGUGGGCCACAACUUUCCCAGAAGAGUGCUGAGAAUGGUAGCGGAGGCCGGGUGCUGAAACCAGUCCGCCCCUUGGUGCUCCCUAGGGCGGGGAGAGAGACCCCGCCAGCCCAGGCAGAGGCUCAGGAGAAAAAUGGGGCCCCAACUGAAAGGACUCCAGGGGAGCGAAGCAUGGCUCCCCCCAAGUCCCCACUGAGACUCAUUGCCAAUGCCAUCCGAAGGUCGCUGGAGCCCCUCCUCCCAAACUCCGAAGGUGGGAGGAAGCCCUGGACCAAACCAGAAUCAACGGCUUUGUCCAUGGGCCAGCCGCAAGCUUGCCCUCGCUCAUUCAGCCUUCGGAAAACCAGCCCCAAUAAAGACUGGGGCCAGCAGUCCCCCGGGAGAGACAUGGCAAGUAGGACCUCGACCUUCUUCUCCCUGGGCACCCCGCCCACCAGAGCGGCCCAGACCUCCGCCCCGCGCCUUCCUCACCCUGCCCUCCGCACCCGCAGUUUGCCCAGCCGGCCUUCCAGGAUGUUUCCUGCGUUCGCGUCCCCAUCCUGCAACAAGAUGGAAGAUGUCCCCACGCUCCUUGAGAAAGUGAGUCUGCAAGAGACCUUCCCAGAUGCUUCCAGGAAUCCAAAGAAAAAAAUCUCGCUCUUUUCGGCUCUCGGACUCAAAGACAAACCCUUUGAGAGCCCGCUCCAAGACUCCAGACAAAGAAAGGACCUCCGUGACCUCUUUAGCAUCCCCAAGGGGAAGGUGCUGCCUGUGGACAGUGCCCAGGCCCCGGAGAAGCAGGCGCGGCCUGUCAGUUACCUGGGGCAGCGGGCGCGCCCUCCUUCUCCAGCGUGCGAUGCAAGUCCCAAGCACAUCCCCAGCAGGGCGCAGGUGACGGGGGCUGCCUCCUCCACCUCCUCCUCUUCUGAAGAUGAAGAAUUUGAUCCCCAGCUUUCCUCGCAGUCAAAGGAGAGGAAGAUGCUUAGAAGAAGAAGGAAGCUGGAAAAAGCAACACAACAAUUGGUUAAGCAAGAAGAACUGAAAAGACUUCAUAAAGCUCAGGCCAUCCAGAGGCAGCUGGAGGAGGUGGAGGAGCGGCAGAGGGCCUCUGAGAUCCAGGGCGUGAGGCUGGAGAAGGCACUCCGAGGAGAAGCAGAUUCAGGCACACAGGAUGAAGCACAGCUUUUGCAGGAAUGGUUUAAGCUGGUUCUGGAGAAGAAUAAAUUAAUGCGAUAUGAGUCGGAGCUACUGAUCAUGGCUCAAGAACUAGAAUUAGAAGACCACCAAAGCAGACUGCAGCAGAAAUUAAGAGAGAAGAUGCUCAAGGAGGAGAGCCAGAAAGAUGAGAACGAUCUAAAUGAGGAGCGAGAAAUAUUCACCGAGAUGAUGCAAGUGAUUGAGCAGAGGGACAAGCUCGUGGAUUCCUUAGAGGAACAACGCAUAAAAGAGAAGGCAGAAGACCAGCACUUUGAAAGCUUCAUAUUCUCCAGAGGCUGUCAGCUGAGCAGGACGUGAGCAGGGGCCCUGUCCCUCGAAGUCAGCCAAGGACCGAAUCCAGCCACCACACCCACCGCAUGCACUCCUGUUUCCUUUUGCAGGGUUUGUCAUCUCUGCAACUUAAGUUGUACCAUCCUGCAAUAUGUUUUAAAAAAUUGAAAUUCUCUUAUAUGUGCUACAGCUGCCCCAGAUCCUUCCAGAGAUCAUAAUGAAGAAAAUACAAAGACACUUUUGAAACUGGCAGUCAACUUCAGCAGUUCUCUCUGAUUGGAGUUGACCUUGGCAGAUGACCGGCAUUGCUUUCCCUAGAAAUUGACACAGAGAUUGACUUUCCUCCUGCUUUUUAUCAUUUCUCAGCCCAAUUCAUUGAGUUACACAUCGUAAGAUUUUUAAGAAGCUGCCUUUUCAUUAAUAUAUCCAUAUUUACCCUUUUUACUUUUUUUUUUUUGCAUGGAUGACUGGUUUCCAAAUGUCAGAAGGAAGCAGCAGCAGUUUAAAGAUUAGGUUAAUACUUAAAUUGUGUUUCCAGAGAAAGAGGAGAAACCUUGAGAUUACUGAUUACACAGAGCAAAUAACUCACAUAGCAGGUGUUAAUUCAAUCCAGGGUGAAUUUAAUUUACCAGGUGUAUUUAUAAGCCUUAAUAUAAUAUACAUAAGCAAUGAGAGUUUAAUAGAACAUUUGAGCCUUAAUUUUAUUAAAAAAGAAAGAGAGAAAGGAAAUAAAACUUUAACUUUAUACCAGCAGGAUCAUUAGUUUUCACCCAAUACUGUUGGCUUAGAAAAGCUUUAUAUUCUUGGAGUCCUGUCCUUGAGGCCCUUGAAACAUACUGGAAAGUGUUUUUUAGAAAAUGAAUAAUUUUUAAACAACCGUUGGAAAUGGCAAACAGAGAAACUCUUCUAUUUGUUGAUAAAAUAUGGGUGAGGUUGGUGCUGCCUAGAAAUGAAUACAUUAGUGAUGCCAGGUAAGCAAUCUGUCCCGGCGGUGGUCUUCUUAGGCCCAGCACAGAGGUGACCAUGAGACUCUGCAGGGAUUGCCCAGGAACCCCACGGGACAAGGACAAAACCACUCUGACUUCAGGGUGAAGCUGAGUGCAGUGACCCCAUUUACCAAAUCUGAAACUGGGUCAUGGAUGUUUUCCAAUGACAUUUUCAAUGUACAGGAAAGCUGGGAGAUGGAUUUUGUGCACUGAUGUGGAAUUCCUGGGAUGUUUUGAUAGUUCACAUGGAACCAAAGAAAAGAUUUCAAGUGGAAAUCUGUGGUCUUAAAGUAUUUGAUUGUUUUCCCUUUAUGGGAUCCUUUGAAGAUUCUGGCUGUUGUUGGUGAGAGACAGACUGAGGAACCCUUUGCUGUUGUAUGUUUGGCCUCCCUCAUUUCUCCGUGUUUAAAUGUGUCAUUGGACGUAAGGUGCUUUGCGGAAGUUGGUUCUGACUGAAGACCUAACUUCCCUCAGUGUAAGUGAUCCAUGAACUACUUCUUUCCGAGGUGUUGCCUGUGUUCCCCAAUGUGGCCCACCGACGAGCCAGAAAUCAGAAGUGUAACAGGAUCUCCUGAGUCAGCCAGUGUUUUGGGUUAUAUUAAAUGCAAUCUUUCCAUGGCGUAGCAAGUUCCUAAGGUUGUAGGGUUGUUUUCCUUUUUUUCCUUCUUUCUUUCUUUCUCUCUCUUUCUUUCUUGUUUUUCUUUUCUUUCUUUCUUUCAUUCUUUCUUUCAUUCAUUCAUUCAUACUUUCUUUCUUUCUUUCUUUCUUUCUUUCUUUCUUUCUUUCUUUCUUUCUCCUUCCUUCUUUCCUUCCUUCCUUCCUUCUUUUUUUAAAGAAUCAAGUCAUUUAGUGCCUGAAUUCUAUUAUUAGGAAAUAUGUAUUGGCAUCUAGCUAUCUAUCUACCUAUCUAUGAAAACUAUGUCACUUAUGGCUAUUUAUCUAUUUUUAUUUAUUUGGUGGAAAUCACUAACAAGCUUUCCUCAUAAUUCUGGUUUUCCUGUGUUAUAAUUUGGAGAAGACCUAUUAUCACUAAGAUAUUGGUAUAUAAGCUAUUUAACAUACAAAUAACUCAGAUGUUGAUGGCAGUGAGUUGUAUAAUAUUAAAUAUUUAUGGAGACAGACUAAUAUUUUCAGCCAUCAAGCAUUUGGAGGUGAGACUAUGGAUGCCCAGGAAUAUGAACUCAUUUUAAGAAGAGGAUAUAUAACUUCAGUGUCCAUUGUAGAAUAUGCAGAAAUAUUUAAGCCCAGUCUUUUCAGUAAGUCACAUAAAAGUGCUUUAUUGGAUGCUCGCACAUAGUUAACAGGUGAUGCUCAAGUGUGCAGUGUCUGGGUCAUUGUUGCACAAAAGAAUUAAUUGCCACUUACUUUCAUUUGUUCUAUUUCCAUCUAAAAGAAAGACUCUCCCAAGAAGGUUCAGAAAGAAGGUAGUUCUUGGCCCUGGUUUUCUGUUAACAUAUGAGAAGCAAUUUGUUCACUUUUUCUUUCAAAGACUAUGGUCUGUGGUUUAAGACUAUGUCUUAUCUGGCCAAGCAAAAACAUAAAUCUCAUACUUAAUAGCCUUCUACUUACACUGGCUCUCAGUUUUACCGGUAUGUAAAAACUAUUUCAAAGAUCAUUUCCAAAAAAACACAAAUAUUGUGGCUGUUAAAGUAUUUUAAAUGAUUCCAUUCCUUAUUCACAACAGAGGAUGUCCCUAGACCCUCAAAUGUAUAAUAUUAUACAUUUUGAAGACAGUUUCUUUGUAUGCAAUAUGAGUAAGAUUAUGGUGAAAACAGACACAGCCUUUGCUGUCCCUUAAAGGAACACUGGUGAUCAAGGCUGAGCAAUUUAGGACUUUGAAUGAGACAUAAAACCCACCUCAUGUCAUAUUUCAUAGUCUCUCACAGCUUCUGAAUUAAACCAAAGCGCUCGUGAUGGUCUUAAGUUCAGAAUUUUACAUAAGUUGGACCAAGGGAACAGUUCUUAAGCUUACUUUCCCAAAACAUCCAUUCAUUUAUUUGUUUAAUAAACAUUCUCCAAAUACCCAUGGGAUUCUGCAGCCUUGCACUAAGUGCUGGGAUACAGAAAUAAUAUUAUUCCUCCACUUUGUCCGCCAAAAAAAAAAAGGAAAAGAAAACCAAAGAUAAACAAGUACCAUUCCCAAAUAAAUAAAAAGAUAAAGAACUGUUUUUAUUAUAAGCAUCAGCCUAGUCUACUCACAUUUAUCUUAAGCAUAAAGACUUAUAGCCCUAACUAUUGUAGUUAUCCUUUGGCAAUAAAAACACAAAUAAGUUCGUGUUUCUAAAACUGUAAAAAAUAUCACGUUGCACUGUUUCAUUUAAAUCUUGAUUUGACUGUGUUAGGCUGCUUGGAAUCAAUCAAUGCUGAGAUACAGCAUGUUAAUUGCAACUGAGAAAGGAAGUGGCAGGUGUUUCCAACUCUGAUGAGCUGCAAUGAAAUUGAUGUUUUCUGCAUUCUGGAGGCCGAUGACAAUUCAGCAAUGCCUGUCUUCCCAGGAAGCAGAUUUACAGGCUUUUUCUUCCAAACUGAAAAUGGCAGCCUGUCCCACCCAGGUGGUUGAUCAGAGAGCUCCCUCAGCAUGGCGGAGGUGGCAGGGGGCGACUUGGGCUGCCGCAUGAACAGAGAGAGUGGCAGCCACUGGAUGUGGUGAGCUCCAAUGCAGGAGUUUAUUGUAAUAAGAAGGUUCACGUGCAGAGGAGCGUGUACUAUUUCACCUACUGUUUAUCUUCUAACCUCACUGCUGAGUAGCUCAUAAAAGAUUAAUUUGCUCCCACAACUGGGUACUAUUCGUAUGGAUUGAAAUGGGUUACAUGUGCACUGCUAUAAAUACUGAAAUGAACCAAAAAUAAAUGGCUUUAUGUCUAAGGAA